GUAAGGAGAUACGCAAUGUUCCAUGAUUUGAGUUUAAAUCAUUCCCAACUUCAAUCUUCAGCUAGCUUUAACAACUCUUAAUUUUCCAACUUGAAAAGUUUCUUAAAUGGUAGGUGCAACUCUAGAUUUCCCCCAAUCAUUCCUUCCCUUUCCCCCUGUUUCCUCUGCUUUCUUACAAACCAUUACAUGUCCAUUGAGCACUAUUUUGUCCAACCAAUGUCUAGGAAUUUUAAUUCCCUUCUCAUUUAUGCUCUCUCCCUUGUUAUUGGUCUCACCUUAGGGAUUAUAAUUAGUUUUUACCUAAAAAAUUCCCCAUCGAGCCUACUGCUCUCCCUGUCCCUGAACUUUUUUUCUCCACCAGCACCACCAUCAGAUUCUCCAGUACCACCACCAUCUUCCCUGAUCCUACCACCGCCACCACCGCCACCACCGCCAGAUGCAGCUAAAUUGCCAUCUGUACUAUUGUUGUCUUUUCAAACAAAUAUAAGCUCAAAUUCCACUAGUGUGUCAUUGAAAGAAAAGAAAUCUCUGAUGCACAACAUGACAGACCAAGAGCUGCUGUGGAGGGCGUCUAUGGUUCGUGGAAUUAGAGAUUUCUCUCAUGGAAAACAUGUCCCAAAAGUGGCGUUUCUGUUCUUGGCCGUAAGAGGCCUUCCCUUUGCUACGCUGUGGGAGAAGUUCCUUAAGGGACAUGAAGACCUUUACUCCAUAUACCUUCACCAACAUCCUGACUAUUUUGAGGAAAUACCAGAGAGUUCCGCCUUCUAUGGGAGAAGAAUUCCAAGCCAGCCAGUUUAUUGGGGGACUUCAUCAAUGAUUGAUGCUGAGAGGCGUCUCCUGGCAAAUGCCCUCCUUGAUCAAUCCAACCAAAGAUUUGUUCUACUCUCAGAAUCAUGCAUUCCAUUGUUCAACUUCACUGCAACCUACAACUACCUCAUCAACUCAUCUCAAAGCUUCUUAAGCUUAUAUGACGACCCCAGAAAGCAAGGUCGCGGCCGCUACAAUCCUCAGAUGUCCCCUGAAAUCAACAUCACAGAUUGGCGAAAAGGGUCUCAAUGGUUUGAAUUGCACCGUGACCUUGCCAUGGCAGUCAUUUCAGACACAAAGUACUACCCAAUUUUCAGAGACAAGUGCCGACCACCAUGCUACAAUGAUGAACAUUAUAUACCUACGCUGGUGAACAUGCACUACGGGGAACUUAAUUCGAAUAGGAGCAUUACUUUUGUGGAUUGGUCGAGGGGAGGCCCCCAUCCGAGGAGAUUUGUUGGGGGUGACAUCUCGGAUGAGCUACUGAAUCAAAGUAGAUUUGGGUCGGAAUGCAUUUACAAUGGAAAUACUACUAACAUGUGCUUCCUCUUCGCUAGAAAAUUCCAUCCUAAUGCUUUGGAGCCUUUGCUAAGGGUUGCUCCUUUAGUUCUUGGUUUUGAUCCCUGAAUUCCGUUUGUUGGAAAUACUUUUUCUUAUGAAACUAUUUGUUGAAAAUAUUGUACUAAAAUUUAAAUUAUUUU